GCUCAUGUGCCUUUCCAAUCCUCUAUUGGCUGGUUUGACUACAGAUCCCGCGCCGAUGUGCCUGAUAUUUCCCGCAAUAGUCCCAUAUUUUUUUUACUUUUGUACAAGCUUUAUAUUUCUGCAAUGUCUGCAAGGUUUUAUUUGUCGAUCUUCCCGAUCUUUGACCUGUAUCGCCAUCUUGCUUUUCGCUGGUGCAAGCAUUCUCUUUGGAGACUGAAAGAUAAAUACUUAUGUCGGGCAAGGAAAGAAGAAUCGUGGGUGCGAGCGCCGGCUGGAAACGGCUGCACCAAUCUUUUCUUCUCUCAUGCUUUUUCAGAUGGCGCCUGCUCUGCUUCUUUAGCCCUAAGGCCGGAUGGUUCUUAUUGCCUUUUGGGUUUGUAGCGAUCACUGCGGGUCUUUACUCUGCUCUGCAGAAAGUCGGGAAUGACGAUACUUUGCCCACAGUUACAAUCUUCGCCGCGCCGCGCUCGUUUUCGUAUUAUGGAGGACUGCCUGAUUUGGCGGGAGGGCGGCAAGAGGUCGCGGUGCGUUCGUGGCUGGCUCUGGCACCGGAGGUCUCUGUCGUCCUCUUUGGGAAGGACUCUUCUGUAUUUGAUCUAGCUAGAAUUCUGGGACCGAGAGUUACUGUUGAUUCUGAGAUCGAUUUCACGUAG